CUUGAUAAAUCUCCCUCUCUUCAUAAGGCUUGUCUCGGUCUGCUAAUGACUUGUCCGGAAUGAACACUAAAUGGAUUGUGAUAACAAAGCUACGCUAGGCAACGUGCUCCGCUCAUGUCUGUUCCCACUGGGCACAGACGUCACAUCAACGUCUAUUCCACGUUGAUUCAACGUAAUAACAUUGAAAACGACUUGGAAACAACGUUGAUUCAACCAGAGUGCCCAGUGGGAUGUAUGGAAUGUCAUCCGUUUUGCUAAUUAAAACUUAAACAGCACUGCGGUUCAGCAGUGAUGGCAUGCGCUCAGGAAGCCUGCUGAUGGGCUUCUCCACACUCAUUGGUAGCUUUAGGACCCCAGGGGAAGGCUGACAAACAGGGCUGCAGGGGCAGAGACAGUUUGCUGUCUUGGAGAGAUGAAAACUUCACUAAUGUCUUAAGUCAGAGCCGUGGGAAAGAUACAGUCAUCUGGUGGCGAUGAACCGUAACGCACGGCGACGGGAAAGAAACUGCUCGACCAGAGAAACUCGACCUGCACUCAACAUUUUCCUUCCUUGGGAGAACAGAUACGUAUCUCUAUCGCUCUUUCUCGCCCCCUCCCUCCACCCUCUCUCGUAGACUUUCUAAGAUACAGCGUCUGAAUUCAGAUGCGGUGCACUUCCAAGGCGAGCAUCAGCAUCACUACAGAGACUCUGGCUCGGAUAAAAUCGGAAGAGCGCGUUUUCGUCCUCGGUUAUUUUCGAUUCAUCUAGUUGAUUAGAGACCCCCCCCCCCACUCCCCAUAUCACCCCAAUACACCAGUCGUCGGAAUUAUAGCUGCCUCCCUACAGCUCUCCCCUUGGCUUCCCCUUUCUUCAAACCGAACAGAAUUGAUGUGUAUUUGCCGCAUGAGGACGUCCAAGCAUUGGAACUCAGUUGCUGGGGUUGCAGCGAUUCAGCCUGCCGCUUGCUCCACGCCGGAGACAUGAAUCUACCAUAACGGAAUUCGCGUUCCCUGUCAAAAUCGGAUAAAUCAAAACUGUUUGUUUGCCGCCUCGUGGGGGUUAUAUUUCGUUUCUGCUGGUCAAUAACUGUCGUCAAGUGAAUAGCUGUUAUCGCCAUCGCUUCAAUUCCAAACUGGAGGAGUCGUGAUCAACGGGAAUGAAAUUGAGAAAAUCGUCCGCGGGUUGGAGGACGGGGCUGAGUUUAGGUCGGGAACUACGAGUCUAGAUAUUUCUAACUUUGUGCGCAAGACUUUCUCUUUCUAUAUGGACCGAUCAACAUCACUGGAUAUCGAGGCUCUGAAGAUGACCCAGGAGCAGUACAUCCUGGCAGCCCAGCCCAACACCCUGAGCCAGCAGGUACACCAAGGUGCCCAGGCCUACCCGGUGGGUAUCUACGGCUGGAGGAAGCGCUGCCUCUACUUCUUCAUCCUCCUGCUCCUGGUCACCAUGAUCGUCAACCUGGCGCUCACCAUCUGGAUCCUCAAGGUCAUGAACUUCACCGUGGAUGGAAUGGGUAAUCUUCGUGUAACCAAAGAGGGGAUCAGGCUAGAGGGUGUUUCGGAGUUUCUGCUCCCUCUCUACGUGAAAGAAAUAGAAUCCAGAAGGGACAAUCCUCUGAUCCUGCAGUCAGACAGGAAUGUGACGGUGAACGCAAGAAACAACCUUGGUCAGCUAACAGGACAGCUCACUGUGGGCUCGGAGAUGGUGGAGGCCCAGUGUCAGAGGUUCGAGGUGAGGAGUCCUGACGGGGAGCGGGUGCUCUUCUCCGCUGACGAGAAGGAGAUCAGCAUCGGCACUGAGAAACUGAGGGUGACAGGGAACGAAGGUGUCGUCUUCGGACAUUCAGUGGAGACAUCCCACAUCAGAGCAGAACCUUUCCAGGAUCUCAAGCUGGAGUCUCCCACCAGGACCCUGAGUCUAGAGGCUCCCAGAGGGGUGGAGGUCAACGCCGGGGUGGGCGACUUCAAGGCCUCCUGCCGGAAAGACCUGUUGCUCCAGUCGUCAGAAGGAGAGAUCUUUUUAGAUUCCAACACAAUUCGACUGGGGAACAUUCCUCACGGGACAGCGGCAGACCCGCUGCACGGGGCACCGGGCACCACGUACCCCAAACAGACUGUGUACGAGCUGUGCGUGUGCCCAAGCGGCAAGCUCUACCUGUCCCCGGCUGAGAAGGGCUCCACCUGCCAGACGACCAGCAACGUGUGUCUGUGGAGCUGAGAGAGGGGGGGCCAGCGGACCGCUGAACACCAGAAAGGCCUUCCCCUCAUUAGGAUCCCAGUCCAGGAUACCAGGACCCCAACAGACCCUGUUCCCCAUCCAUCGAUAGAUUUACUUUCCUUGACAGACAUUCUUCAUUUUCUUUCUUUCUCUGUGGUCACUCUCUCUUUCUCUCUUUCUCAUCUCUCUCUUUCUUUCUUUCUCAUCUCUAUCUUUCUCUCUUUCUCAUCUCUCUCUUUCUCUCUUUCUCAUCUCUCUCUUUCUCUCUUUCUCAUCUCUCUCUUUCUUUCUUUCUCAUCUCUCUCUUUCUCUCUUUCUCAUCUCUCUCUUUCUCUCUUUCUCAUCUCUCUCUUUCUUUCUUUCUCAUCUCUCUCUUUCUCUCUUUCUCAUCUCUCUCUUUCUCAUCUCUCUCUUUCUUUCUUUCUCAUCUCUCUCUUUCUCUCUUUCUCAUCUCUCUCUUUCUCAUCUCUCUCUUUCUCUCUUUCUCAUCUCUCUCUUCCUCAUCUCUCUCUUUCUCUCUUUCUCAUCUCUCUCUUCCUCAUCUCUCUCUUUCUCAUCUCUCUCUUCCUCAUCUCUCUCUUCCUCAUCUCUCUCUUUCUCAUCUCUCUCUUUCUCUCUUUCUCAUCUCUCUCUUUCUCUCUUUCUCAUCUCUCUCUUUCUUUCUUUCUCAUCUCUUUCUUUCUCUCUUUCUCAUCUCUCUCUUUCUCUCUUUCUCAUCUCUCUCUUUCUUUCUUUCUCAUCUCUCUCUUUCUCUCUUUCUCAUCUCUCUCUUCCUCAUCUCUCUCUUUCUCUCUUUCUCAUCUCUCUCUUUCUCAUCUCUCUCUUUCUCAUCUCUCUCUUUCUCAUCUCUCUCUUUCUUUUUUCUCUUCUUCCUUCUUUCUUUGUAUUACUUUUCCUCUUCCUCUCUGUCAGUUGUUGUUUCUUUCUCUUACCCUCUCUGUCGUUCUCUCUCCUGCUCUCUUUCUCCUCCCUUCGUCAUCUCUCUCUCACAGUCCUCCCAAACAAAGAAGAAAAAUCAGGAAUCCCUUGAAAAAUGAGGCUUGGGGAAAAAGCCCCUUCUUCCAAAAUUUUGAUGGAACAAAAAAACGAUGUGAAGUGACAAUUUGUUUUCUCCUUUUUUUCUAUUUUUCUAUCGUUCUCAGAUGGGGAAUGAGUGUUGCGCCGCCGCCGGGCCGAACUUGAACCGAGAGAUUUAGGUGGACUGAUUUGUUUUUCUAAGAAAGCGAUACACAGGUGCCUUUGCUAUUGUUGGUAAAGCACAUCACCUCCAACGUUCUCAUCCUCUUCAAUGGACCAUCGUUAACUCACUGGAAAACUAACUGUCUUUGGCUUAAAGCCUUGUCCAAAUCUCUACACAGACUUCAAGUACAGUUCUUUUUUUUUUCUCUGAUGUUUUCUUGAUUAAAAAAAAGCACAAAAUUAUGCCAUGUAUAUAACAAUACCAAUAAAAUGAAAAAUAAAACUAUAUUGUUUUAUAAACACAUCCUGAAUCUGGGAAUGCUCCAGGGUUGACUCUACUUUUUAAUUUGAAGUGCUAUGGUCAUGUGUAUGUUCUACAUUUUGAGGUUGUGGCCAAUUUCCCUGCUCUGAAAUCAUGGUCUAAUGUAACAUAUAAAGUAAUAUUACAACAAAGUGCAGUGAUUCUCCUUUGUCUGUCAGAGCUGAAUCACUAAUCACUAUCCCUUAUUUUACCAGGUAAGUUGACACAACACAUUCUCAUUCACAGCAACGACGUGGGGAAUAGUUACAGGGGAGAGGAGGGAGGAUGAAUGAGUUAAUUGGAAGCUGGGGAUGAUUAGGUGGCCAUGAUGGUAUGAGGGACAGAUUG